CCGCAGAAAAUACGGCAGUUUUACCUCGGCGCGUCUCGAAAUCAAAACCCUCUGUACAGCAGCCGCGCGAUAUAAAAAAAUCGCCUCAGUCCGCGAACGUCGAGCGGUCGUAUAAAACGUCUUGGCAGAGGAAGUUUGCUUUUUUUGCCUCGACGAUGGGGAAGCGGGAUUUUCCAGCAUCGAAAUUUUAAGAAAUUUUAAAUCCGGAUUGUUUGCUCGACGUAAUUGACUUGAGGAUAGCACCAAAGGGACUAUUUCGUUCGGGUUUAAGUUUGCUUAGACUAAGCCUGCCAGGAUGAUAAAAGUGGACGAGAGCGAUCCAGUCGGCGAAAUUGAACUGAGCUUUCCGUACAGGGAUGUCCAAAUAAAAAGGAACGUAGAUCCAAAAGACGAAUACACUUUAGAAGAUGAAGUUGGUAGGGGAAAAUUUGGCACCGUGUACAGGUGUAAAGAAAAAUCGAGUGGAAUGUGCUUGGCGGCCAAGUUCAUAGCGUGCCCGAAGAAGGAGGACAGACGAAACGUCGAGAGGGAAAUCGAGAUCAUGAGGGCCCUGCAGCACCCCAGGCUCAUACAGAUUUACGAUGCAUUUGAAAAUGGCAAAGUUAUGUGCGUCAUCCUAGAACUGAUUGAAGGGGGCGAACUUUUCGAGAGGGUAAUCGAUGACGAUUUCAUCUUGACCGAAAAAGCGUGCACGAUCUUCAUGAGGCAGAUAUGCGAAGGAAUCGAUUUUAUCCACAAACAGAGGAUACUCCAUUUGGACAUGAAGCCAGAAAAUAUAUUAUGUCUAACCAAGACUGGCAAUAGGAUUAAAAUCAUCGACUUUGGUUUGGCUAGAAAAUUUGAUCCGGACAAGAAGCUCCAGGUUUUGUUCGGCACGCCCGAGUUUGUGGCACCGGAAGUGGUCAAUUUCGAUGCAAUAGGGUACGGUACGGACAUGUGGUCGGUGGGCGUCAUAUGUUACGUUUUGUUGUCGGGUUUGUCCCCUUUUAUGGGCGCCACUGACGUCGAAACUAUGGCCAACGUGACCAUAGCCAAGUACGAUUUCGACGACGAGGCGUUUCAGGACAUAUCGGAAAACGCCAAGGACUUCAUCAGAAAGCUUCUGGUCAAAGACCAAAACAAACGUAUGAGUAGCGAUGAGUGCCUCAGACACGCGUGGCUGGAAAAGCGGAAACCGCUGAUUGCUCGAGUACCGUCCAUGGACGUCACCAAGGAUAACUUGAAGCAGUUCGUGGAACGAUGGAACGAGCAUCCGAAUUCACCGUACGUUUUCGAGAUCACGUGUUCUCUGACUCCCGGUUGCGAGAACGGCGAAGCCAGUCUGUCCGAGUCGUCUCAUUCCCUAGCGGGAGAUUCACCCUCCCCUUGCGGGAGCUUAGCGUCGUCCCCUGGCAGCGAUAACUGUUUCGCCAAUAUCAAAAGCGACAUUUUCUUGUCGCCUAAUCAUCUGACUACGGCAGACCCACUGAGACGCGCUUCGGACAGCUCGUGCUUCGUGAAGAAUCAGAACGACAUGGCGGAGCGCAUCAAUCUCGCUGACGAAAUCAAAAAACUCUCUGAUAAACUGUUCAAACUGUCUAACAUCGACGCCACUCUCGCCACGAACGGCGUCGACCCGUUCGAAGAGACUAAAACCAUCCCCAUCAACAUCACUAACAAACCGUUCGCGGAGCUCCCCAAAGACCAUCCCCAGAACCCGAGCUGCGGCAUACCUUGGAGACGGACCAAGUUCAAAAUCAACGUGAACUCUAGCAGAGACGUGCCUCUUAGUUGCCGCAGUAUUUACAAGAAGUCGGGCGAGAACGGAGAGACACCCAACAAAGAUGCGGACGGCACCAAAGAUCUCCUGCUGAGGUUACUGCAGCACUGGGACGGGCCCCGCGGACAAGUGAGCAGGUCCAGUAGCAGACACGGGUCCGUGUCCGCUGACUGGAACGAGGAAGACACCCUAGGACAGCGGACUAUCAGUUCCUUGAAUAGUUUUUUCCAAUCUAGGGCGACCAACAAGAAGAUCACUCAGUUUCAUUUGAACAAGUCCUAAUUAUAAGUGUCGUGUCGUUCUAGACUUAAUUGCGUUGACUGAUAUGUAUGGUUGUGAGGUCGUGCGACGUUGCUAGCACGUGGUCGUUGUCUGUACUAUAUGUACCCAAUCGAUAUCUCCUGGGACCAUUCGCUGUCGGGACUGUCCAUAGUAUGUGUUCGAUUGUACGUUUUUAAUAUACCGUCGUAAACUGUAGUUUCGUUUGUUUUAUUGUCGUCAUUUGCGCAAAGCUCCAACCUAAUUUAGCUUGUUUAGUUUGUACUUACUCGCAAUCGCUUUAAAUAUCUGCCUUUGAGGGAGGGGGUAUUUUUGAGUUGCUUAAAUUUGAAUGCUUAGGUUCGAAUUUGAUGAAUAAAGACCGCUUACC